ACCCGAACCCCCGCAAACCCUAGCGCUCCCAACCCACUCGCUCCCGCGCCGCCGCCACAGCCGCCGCCGCGCGAAGCAAGCAGGAGCAGCCAGGAUGCCGGCGGGCCACGGGCUACGCUCUCGGACGCGCGACCUCUUCGCGCGCCCCUUCCGCAAGAAGGGGUACAUCCCGCUCACCACGUACCUGCGCACCUACAAGAUCGGCGACUACGUUGACGUCAAGGUGAACGGCGCCGUCCACAAGGGCAUGCCGCACAAGUUCUACCAUGGCCGCACGGGCCGCGUCUGGAACGUCACCAAGCGCGCCAUCGGCGUCGAGAUCAACAAGCAGGUUAAUGGCCGCGUCAUCAGUAAGCGCAUCCAUGUCCGCGUGGAGCACGUGCAGCCAUCAAGGUGCACCGAGGAGUUCCGCCUGAGGAAAGCAAAGAACGACCAGUUGAAGGCUGAUGCCAAGGCUCGCGGCGAGGUCAUCAGCACCAAGAGGCAGCCGGAGGGUCCCAAGCCCGGCUUCAUGGUUGAGGGCGCCACGCUCGAGACCGUCACCCCCAUCCCGUACGAUGUGGUCAAUGACCUCAAGGGUGGUUACUAGGAUGUUUGGUCCAUCUACCUGCAUUACUACCAGUUCAUUCGAUGCUACUCUGUUGAGUACGAUUUUGCUCGCUCCGAGCAGUAGUCUGGACCUAUUCUGUGAUCCUGAGCAUUUGCAGAAUGCUAUAUUCCGUGAUAUUUGCUUCUGAGAACGAAGAUGUGCUUGUUUCAA